UCUUCCCUGCUCCUCCAAGCACGACGCAAUGCCAGGCUACGGAGAACAAUUAGCCAUCGGAUACCUCUCCGACUACAGCGAAGAGGAAUCCGAUACGCAGGAGAAGGAGAAGCAGAUAUCGGUGGAUCCUGUGUCGCUGAGGCAAGCCACCAAUUUGCAGUACUCUGCCGGCGGCGGCCCAGCUAGACCGCCGCCGGUGCUCCCGCGGCCCAAGUUCGUGAGCUGUAGCCUCCCGGGCUCAGCCAUCUCCUCGCCAGAGCAGCAGCAGCGCGAUUAUUACCGAUCCCGGUUCGCCUGGGAAAGCAACGCGUCGCUCCGCCGGAGCAAGUCCUGCGGCGAGGGAAGGAUGUCGACGACGUCAACGGAAUUCAUCGACAUCCCCUCUAGGAGACCCAGCAUCGCUUCACCAAAAGUUAUUUAUCAGAAGAAGCAAUCUUUCGGCGACGUCGCCGGCUCUCGUCGCUUCGCCAACGUAGCCAACCACGACGGCAACAGCUUCAAGCAACCCAAACCCGCCAUUCCUCUCCCUCCGUCGAGCAAUCAGGGCGGCGGCACCGACGAUAAGUUCAACUGCGGGUGCUUGUUCCUGCCCGGCCUCACUCACAAGAAGAAACCUGAAGUGUUGGAUCGCAAACCAAGCGCCUUUGGCCGACAUCUAGACGAUCGAUCUCAAUCUCCACAACGACAACAACGCGAAGAAGAAAUAGUGAGGACAAAAAUUGAAGAACCGAUGCUGCAAUUCGAGAAAGCGAGAUCGUUAGUGAGCUCAGUUCAGGAGACGGUGGCUGGUGGGGCUGCUCCGCCGUCGAGCAGGAUGAGCACGGCGUCGAAGGCCGCGUCACUGGAGAAGUUCUCGUGCGGCUCCUGGUCGUCUUCGGCGCUGCUGGGGAGCGACGGAAGCGACGGACGGAACUCGUACUUCGACCUGCCCCUGGAGCUGAUCCGUAUCGGCGGCGACGAGACUGACUCGCCGGUGCGGACGGCGUUCGUGUUCGAGAAGGAGCUAGUGAAGAGGGGGUCGUUGAAGAAGGUUGGGUCAGCGAGGAAGUCGUCGCUGCAAUUGAACCGGCACGUCCGGUUCUCUACGUCCUCGGGGCCGGUAUCGUCGUGCCCGGCCUCGCCGGCGGCGGCGUGCAUCACGCCAAGGUUGAGGAGGGCCAGGGAGGAGUUCAACGCCUUUUUGACAGCCCACAAUGCUUAAUAAAUAUUAAUGUG